GAAAAACCCCCUAUUGCCGCCUAAUCAUAGAACAGCAAAGUCCAAUUAGCCUUACCCACUUACGCUCACUUGGCCAGUUCCCUAAGGCCACUCACCCCCUAAUACCGAAUUUCCCUCCUUUUCCCCCUCCCUUUUUCUGGUGACGACCUGGCUUUUCUUACUAAAUACGCUCGACCAGUAAUCCUGCUCCGUCUCUCCUCCUCCACCCACACCUCAACCAACUUACUUCCACACUUGCUCUCUCCCUCUCACUCUCUUGAACUCCGUCACUCAACUCGAUCAACCUUACCUUAUUCUCCUCCCUUGAUCUUCCCAUCUUUUUCUUAAUAACUCUUGUCUUCAUCAUUUCUUUCUUUUUCUUUCCCCUUGUAGUUCGCUUCGUAAUCCUAUUCAGCCACCAUGGAAGAGGAAGUUGCUGCUCUCGUCAUUGACAAUGGUUCGGGUAUGUGCAAGGCCGGUUUCGCCGGUGACGAUGCCCCCCGUGCUGUCUUCCCCUCCAUUGUCGGUCGUCCCCGUCAUCAUGGUAUCAUGAUCGGUAUGGGCCAGAAGGACUCUUACGUCGGUGAUGAGGCACAGUCCAAGCGUGGUAUUCUCACCCUUAGAUAUCCCAUCGAGCACGGUGUCGUCACAAACUGGGAUGACAUGGAGAAGAUUUGGCACCACACAUUCUACAACGAGCUCCGUGUUGCUCCUGAGGAGCACCCGGUUCUCUUGACCGAGGCCCCUAUCAACCCCAAGUCCAACCGUGAGAAGAUGACCCAGAUCGUCUUCGAGACCUUCAACGCCCCCGCCUUCUACGUCUCUAUCCAGGCCGUCCUGUCCCUGUACGCUUCCGGUCGUACCACCGGUAUCGUACUGGACUCUGGUGACGGUGUCACCCACGUUGUUCCCAUCUACGAGGGUUUCGCCCUCCCUCACGCCAUCUCCCGUGUUGACAUGGCUGGUCGUGACUUGACCGACUACCUCAUGAAGAUCCUAGCUGAGCGAGGUUACACUUUCUCCACCACUGCCGAGCGUGAAAUUGUCCGUGACAUUAAGGAGAAGCUUUGUUACGUCGCCCUCGAUUUUGAGCAGGAGAUCCAGACCGCCUCUCAGAGCUCCAGCCUCGAGAAGUCUUACGAGCUUCCUGACGGUCAGGUCAUCACCAUUGGUAACGAGCGUUUCCGUGCUCCUGAGGCUCUCUUCCAGCCUAGCGUUCUGGGUCUGGAAAGUGGUGGUAUCCAUGUUACCACUUUCAAUUCCAUCAUGAAGUGUGAUGUCGAUGUCCGUAAGGAUCUCUACGGUAACAUCGUCAUGUCUGGUGGUACCACCAUGUACCCCGGUAUCUCCGACCGUAUGCAGAAGGAAAUCACUGCCCUGGCCCCCUCGUCUAUGAAGGUCAAGAUCAUUGCUCCCCCUGAGCGUAAAUACUCCGUCUGGAUCGGUGGUUCCAUCUUGGCUUCUCUGUCCACCUUCCAGCAGAUGUGGAUCUCCAAGCAGGAGUACGACGAGAGCGGUCCUUCGAUCGUUCACCGCAAGUGCUUCUAAGCUCUUGCGUAUGGAUUAUUUGUUUCGUCGUAUUUUCCUGUAUUAAAAUAUCAAACGGAGACUGGUGACACGCGGGCCUCUCUGCCUCGCACUAGGAGGAAGAUCGCCUGAAAAAGGAACUUUGUUUUAGCUGUGGAAUAGAGAUGGUUUAUUUAAGACACUCAUCCCUCGACGUGGGCGCUUUUGCCGGCAGCAAGUUGUAUCGGAAGGCACGAGGGGUAAGGAGAAGGACGUUUUAGUAGGUGAAGGAUGUACAUGGGUCAUGUGGACGGUGGGGUGAAAGCUCUAUUUCAUAUAGUUCUACACUCAUGUUUGAAUCCUUAUUUCCAUGUUGGACCUUCCCCUUUCCACAUUCUCGCCUUCGGGCUGGUUAUGGAUCUUAAAACGCUGUGCACCAUUGAUAUUCUGGGACCUAACCCUCGGGUCUCGACCAUUUUCUUAAAAAAAAAUUUGACUAUCUUUUUCACGACCGUCCAGAUUUUCUUCCUGAGGCCUACACGUAUAGGACUCAUGG